AUGAACUGUAUACCGAGCAGUCCGGUUCAUGGCAGAUAUCACGAAGAAGAUAGCGAUUCCGAUCUUGACAAUGUCCAAAGUAACGAUGGAAGAGCCGAUUCUAAUAUCACUGAUGAAAUAUUGGAAGAGCGAAAGCUCAAAUAUCAAAGGUACAAGCAACCGUUAUCAUCAUCGUCCCCCAUUAGAGACCUUAUGAGAGAAAGAAGGAAGGGCAGACUACGGGAACUGGCAAGAGAGAAGAAGAUCAAUAGCUACAGAAACGACAUGGAACAAUUCGUCAUGGAACAAGAAUACCUACGACACUUGCAAGACAUGCAACAAGAAGCACAGAAACACGAGAUACCGCCAGAUGAGAUUGAUAGACUGGUAGAAGAUGAAGGAGAGGUCGUGAAUAGUGCCGAUGAACCCGCUAUGUUGAAUAAUAUUUCCACAAAGAGGGAGCCAAAACAGCUAAAUGAGGAUGAAGAGCUGAUACGGCUGAUAGAACUGCAGGAAGAGUACGAAUCCUUGAUGGAGCAAGAACAACAGGAGCUCGAGGAAACCUUAUCUGGCUUUAGCAUAUAG